AUGGCUGAGCUUUCCGACUCUGAUCUUCCAGUCAGCCCUGAUGUGCAGAUUCACACGGUCCAGGCAGGGGCAGGCCAGGAUCCGACGGCUAAUGAAGAACUCAGACCUGGAGACCUGAUCGAGAUUUUCCGCACUGGCUACGAGCACUGGGCCACCUAUGUGGGAGACAGUUAUGUGAUCCAUCUGACUUCUCCAAGUGAGUUCCCAGAGGCUAGCUCCAGCAGGAUCUUCUCCAUUCUGAGCAACAGGGCAGUGGUGAGACGGGACCUCCUGUGGGACGUGGUGGGGAGCCGCCACUAUAGGGUCAAUAACCUCCUCGACAACAAGUAUAGACCACAACCUGUGAACCAGAUCAUUUACUCUGCGAAGCAGAAGGUUGGUCAGGAGAUGGAAUACAGUCUUCUGCGCAGGAACUGUGAGCACUUUGUCACUGGCCUGAGAUAUGGUGAGCCCGAGAGCAGGCAGGAGCCACUCCGGCUCCAGCUAUUUCAAGUCACGGGUGUUUCUGGUUGUGGGGAGACAGGGGAACAGCAAGGGAGACACGCGGGCCUGGCCGAUGGGCAAGAGCAGGACCCAUCAGACAGCUCGGACCGUCGGCCUGGGACUAGAAUUUAA